UGGGUUUCAGCCCGGUGCGCGAGCUCGCACACAGCAGCGGAGCAAGCGAAAAACAUGCCUCGCCGACGCCUCGCACUCGCACUGCUGCUGCAAGCAGCCGCCGCCUUCAGACCACCACCCACCCGCCUCAAACUAGCACUGCCGAGGCGCCAUGCAACAGCCAUCGCGCCACCAAGCGACGCCGACAAGCUCGCACGCGACCGACUGAUAAAAACGUCCGUCGUGCUAUUGGUACCAUCGCUCGCCGUCGGCGCCAUCAGUCUCGUGGCGUUCCCGGCGCUCUGCCGCGGCAUGCGCUCCGCGUUCGGCGUCGCGACGCUCGCCGUGCUGUCGGGCGACCAGGGCCAGUUCAUCCAGAACUUUUUGUCAGUUAUCGGCAUCCUCUUCUCGUUAUUGAUAGGCAACACGUACGCGUUCUGCUACAACCAGCAGGUCAUGGUCUACAUGGCUUUGUUCGAGGAGGUCUCCGUCGCCAAAGCUUUAUUAGAGCAGGCGACGCUGGUCUGCCAGGGGCGGCCGUCCUACGCCGGCGUUUUGGACGACGUGCAGCGCUACGUCGACCGCGACCUGAAGCGCGCUGAUUUAUCCCCAGCUGUCCUGCUGUCGACGCGGCCGCGCGACGACCCGCUCGAGGCGAUCAUGUGGCAGACGUCUGUCGGCACGCCCGGCGCCAUCUACGAUACGGUACGGUGGCUGCGGCGCGCGCGGGGCGAGCGGCUCGGCGCGAUGCAGCGCAAAUUACCACCAUUGCACUUCGCCCUCUUAUUUUUGCUGGGCAUCUUGGAAGUGUGCGCGUUCCCCCUGCUGUCGGCGGGCGCGGCGACGACGGUGGGUGCGGGCGCGCUGCGGGUCGAGGCGGCGAUGUUCGCGCUCAUGACCGCGGCGCUGACGCUGACGCUCGGCGUCGUCGUGCAAUUGUGGAGACCGCGGGGCUCGGCCUAUUCGGUGGACGCGGCGCUGGCGGUCAUGGUCGAGGGUCUGGAAGAUGAGCUCAGCGCCAGACGGGCG